CCACGCGCGCACACUCCCCAAAUAGGAGUAGUAUUCUGCUGCAAAAUUCCCUACUCUACUCCAUUUUCAUUGCCGCCCAUUCUCUUUGAAUCUCUUCGUCUCUUCCAUUCAUUCCGAUUUUCCUCUACGUUCAUACCUGAAGUUGAAUAGGGUUUGGACAGUGAGAUGGUUGCUGACGCAGAUAACGGAGUGAAGGACGUAACUAAAACAGAUUCUCCUGUUUCCGUCCUCGCAGAUGAGGAGGAUACAUGCAAAGAGGAGGUAUCUGUCAAGUUAGAGGAUGAAGUAUUUCUUGAUGCAAAAAAUGGGGAUGUCUCUCUUUUAUCUGAAUCCAUGGCGAAGGAAGAGGAAAACUUGAUGAAAGCACGUGUAAAGGAGGAAGAAGUAAAUGAGCCCAAAGAGGCCCCCAACUUGAAUGACCUUCAAUUUAGUAAGUUGGACGAGCUUCUUACACAGACCCAGCUUUAUUCAGAGUUCCUGCUGGAGAAGAUGGAUAACAUCACAGUGCAAAAUGGAGUGGAAGAUGAAGAAGAAAGUGGUAACGACAAGAAGAGGGGUCGUGGCACAAAAAGAAAGGCGUCCACAAGUUAUAAUAAUAAGAAGGCCAAGAGAGCUGUUGCUGCCAUGCUUUCAAGAUCUAAAGAAGGUGGUUGUAUUGAGGAUUCAACCCUCACAGAGGAGGAGAGAGUUGAGAAGGAGCAGGCUGAACUUGUGCCCUUGCUGACUGGUGGAAAGUUGAAGUCUUAUCAACUGAAGGGUGUCAAGUGGUUGAUUUCAUUAUGGCAAAAUGGGUUGAAUGGGAUUCUAGCUGAUCAGAUGGGACUUGGAAAGACCAUUCAAACUAUUGCUUUUCUUGCACAUUUAAAGGGAAAUGGGUUAGAUGGGCCUUAUUUGGUCAUUGCUCCCCUUUCAACUCUUUCAAAUUGGGUGAAUGAGAUAGAAAGGUUUGUCCCAUCAAUUAAUACAAUCAUCUACCAUGGAGACAAGAAACAAAGAGAUGAGUUAAGGAGGAAGCACAUGCCGAGGGCCAUAGGUCCCAAAUUUCCCAUUGUAGUUACUUCUUAUGAGAUUGCAAUGAGUGAUGCGAAGAAAUACCUGAGGCAUUAUCAUUGGAAGUAUCUUGUGGUUGAUGAGGGGCACAGGUUAAAGAACUCGAAGUGCAAACUGUUCAGGGAACUCAAGCUGCUGCCGAUUGAAAACAAGCUUCUAUUAACUGGAACACCUCUGCAGAACAACUUAGCUGAGUUGUGGUCAUUGUUAAAUUUCAUCUUACCGGAUAUAUUUUCAUCCUUAGAAGAAUUUGAGUCAUGGUUUGACCUAGCUGGGAAGUGCGGCAAUGAAGCCCAAAAGGAAGAAAUGGAAGAGAAAAGGAGGGCACAAGUUGUUACAAAACUCCAUGCAAUUUUACGUCCUUUUCUCCUUCGGAGAUUGAAAGUAGAUGUUGAGCAAAUGCUUCCACGAAAGAAAGAGAUAAUUUUAUAUGCUACCAUGACUGAGCACCAGAAAAAGUUCCAGGACCAUCUAAUUAACAGGACAUUGGAGGGUUAUUUGCUUGAGAAUGUGUCCCGCGGGCAUGGUUUUAAAAAGCUCACUAAUUUGAUGAUUCAACUUCGCAAAAAUUGCAAUCAUCCUGACCUCUUGGAGUCGGCAUUUGACGGUUCUUUUUGUUAUCCACCUGUAGAACAAAUAGUUGGGCAAUGUGGCAAGUUCCGCUUACUGGACAGGCUUUUGUCAGAACUGUUUGCUCGCAAGCAUAAAGUGCUGAUAUUCUCUCAGUGGACUAAAGUACUUGACAUAAUGGAUUACUAUUUUAGUGAAAAGGGCUUUGAUGUUUGUAGAAUUGAUGGCAGCGUGAAAUUGGAUGAAAGAAAAAGACAGAUCAAGGAGUUCAAUGAUGUUAACAGUGACUGCAGGAUAUUUCUUCUGAGCACUAGAGCUGGUGGCCUUGGCAUUAAUCUUACUGCUGCAGACACCUGCAUUUUAUAUGACAGUGAUUGGAAUCCCCAAAUGGAUCUCCAGGCUAUGGAUCGGUGUCAUAGAAUAGGUCAGACAAAACCUGUUCAUGUUUAUAGGCUUGCAACUGCUCUCUCGGUGGAGGGUCGAAUCCUCAAAAGAGCUUUCAGCAAGUUGAAGCUUGAGCAUGUAGUGAUUGGAAAAGGACAAUUUAAGCAAGAAAGAAACAAGCCUACUACAGAUAUCAUGGAGGAAGAGGACUUGUUGGCGCUUUUGAGAGAUGAUGAUAGCGAAGAGGACAAGUUGGUGCAGACAGAUCUUAGUGAUGAGGAUCUACAGAGGGUUUUAGACCGAAGUGAUUUACUUGUUGGUCCUCCAAGUGAAGAUGUUAACCCUGAAUCAAGUGUAAAUGUCCUUCCUCUUAAAGGACCUGGUUGGGAAGUUGUUAUUCCAACUGCAACAGGGGGCAUGCUUUCUACGCUCAACAGCUGAUAAAUUGACUCAUCAGCCUAGUUUAUUUGCAGAAUUUAGAUGUUUUUGGGAGCUGCACAAUGUUGAUUAAGUUAAUCUAAUUUUGCAAAUUUACAGUUUUGGAGCAAUGUCUUUUUGGUAACAUUGGCAGCAUUCUGUAAAUCUUUAUCAUAUUUGCAGAUUAUUAUCUUAAAUUGAUGAGGACUAUGUUCCAUGUGUUUUUCCUAGCA